CAACGAUGAGCCACACCCUUUGUCAAAAAGCUAAUGCCUCGUCAUGAAUAAAUUCGAGUCUUUGGUGACAAAUCUUCAAAAUAGCUGCAGCUCCGAGGAGAGACAAAGCUUGGUGGAAGCUACUGCCAAGGACAAAUGCGUCCUCACUUGCCAGCAGUUGGGGGUGAUACUGAUGGCACUCAAGUACCCAGCAGAAAGAAUGAACGCUGCCAGCAUUUUGAGUAGUAUUGUGGUGGACCCUGAGAAUGCAGGGCAUGAUCUAAGACCUUUUCUUUCCUUAGAGACGUCCUCAAUGAGGAAAGACAUAAUAACAAUUGUUACUUCUUGUGUAAAAAAUUAAUAUAUUAUUAUUCAUUCACUCAGCCACACCUUCUUUAUAUAUUUUUGGAACAAGCCCCGCCUAUUAACCACGCCUAUUACUAAAAUGUCUAGGAGAAAGUUGUUGUCUCUCUCUUUGUCAAAAGGUCACAAUUGUUUCUCCUGUGGACUGGAGAGCGGGCUGGUAGUGUAUAAUGUACAACCUCUUGCCAGGCUACUCAAAUUAGAUUUUGAGACGGUUGGUGGUGUUGGUCAUGUCGAAAUGUUGCAACGGUCUAACCUCAUUGUCUUUGUAGGAGGUGGACAGGCUCCUAAGUUUCCUCUUCAUCAAGUUAUGAUCUGGGAUGACUUUCUUAAGAAAUUUGUAUAUGAGAUUGCGUUUCCCACUCCAGUCCUCUCUCUAAGGUUGAGGAAGAAUAAGUUGAUUGUUGUCCUUCAGUCCAGCAUUCAUGUCUUCUCCUUUCCUAAUCCUGUGGAGAAGCUACUGACUAUACCCACACAGACUAACCCAAAAGGAUUGUGUGAAGUCUGUACUUCAGUUGAUUGUCAAUUAAUGAUUUAUCCUGGACCACAGACUGGCAGCAUACAAAUAACAGACUUGUUGACUAUAGAGGAUCCAGGCAGGGCCAGUACUGAGAGAUUGGUACAGGCUCAUCAACAUGAGGUAGUCUGCAUGACUCUAAACCAAUCAGGGACUCUGCUAGCAUCUGCUUCAUCAAAAGGGACGCUGGUGAGAGUCCACAAUACUCAGACUAGAGUACUGCUGGUUGAGUUUAGACGCGGGGCAGACCCUGCUAAUAUCUCAUGUAUUAAUUUCAGUCAGGACUCAGCCUUCCUUUGCGUCUCAAGUGACAAAGGUACCGUCCACGUUUUUGCUGUACAAGAUCAAUCGCUCAAUCGGAAAUCAACUCUCGCUCAAGUUGGUAUAGGACAGUUAAGCAAGACUGUUGGUACUUAUGUUGACAGUCAGUGGGAUUGUGCUCAGUUUGCGUUACCAUCUGAAAUACCGUCACUUUGUUUCUUCACAUUAGACACCAAAUCUGUCAUAGGCAAGUUCAUUAGCAUUUAAUGAUUAU